AUGAUUAAGCAGUUGGAGAAGCUUCCAGAUGUGGAGGCGGUUCAGCGACUUGAAGACAAGGAGUCGGUUUAUCGUGGCAUGACUAUGAUUAAGGUUAAGGCUGACGAUACCAACCGAUUAGAUGUAUUAAAAAUGGCUGAGCUUUUUAGAGCUCGUGUCAUAGAUGUUCAGCCCACAACUCUGAUUUUCGAGAUUACCGGUGAUGACGACAAGGACGUAAACUGGGAAGUUAUCAAGGGCAAGACCGUUGCAAUUAUUGGUUACGGUUCCCAGGGUCAUGCACAUGCACUGAAUCUGAAGGAGAGCGGCCUUGACGUUGUUGUUGGUCUGUACAAUGGUUCCAAGUCCAAGGCUGUUGCUGAGAGCAAGGGCCUGAAGGUUCUGCCAGUUGGCGAGGCUACUGCAGCUGCUGAUAUCGUUAUGAUUCUGAUUCCAGACGAGAAGCAGGCUGAUGUAUAUAAGAAUGAGAUUGCUCCAAACCUGAAGUCCGGUGCUGCUCUGGCAUUCGCUCAUGGUUUCAACAUUCAUUUCCAGCAGAUUCAGCCACCAGCUGAUGUUGACGUAUUCAUGGUUGCUCCUAAGGGUCCUGGCCAUCUGGUUCGUCGUACCUUCGUACAGGGUGGCGGUGUUCCUGACGUAUUCGCUGUACAUCAGGAUGCUACUGGUCAUGCUUUCGAGCUGGCUCUGGCUUAUGCUCGUGGUAUCGGCGGUACUCGUUCCGGCUGCAUUCAGACUACCUUCAAGGAAGAGACUGAGACCGACCUGUUCGGUGAGCAGGCUGUUCUGUGCGGUGGCGUAUGCUCCCUGAUUAAGAAUGGUUUCGAGACUCUGGUUGCUGCUGGUUAUCAGCCAGAAAUCGCUUACUUCGAGUGCUUCCAUGAGAUGAAGCUGAUCGUUGACCUCAUGUAUGAGGGUGGUAUGGCUAAGAUGCGUAAGUCCAUCUCCAACACUGCUGAGUAUGGUGACUAUGUAUCUGGUCCUCGUGUAGUUGCUGAGCCAAGCCGUAAGGCUAUGGAGCAGGUUCUGAAGGAGAUUCAGGACGGUACCUUCGCUAACAAGUUCCUGACUGACAACCGUGCUGCUGGUUGGGCUAACUUCUACGCUAUGCGUCGCAUCAAUGCUGAGCAUCAGAUUGAGGAAGUUGGUAGCAAGCUGCGUGGCAUGAUGUCUUGGUUAAAAGAUGGUGCUGACUUAAGCAAGGACUGA